AUGACAUUACCUUUGGAACGCAUCUAUAUUGGUAUGUUAGGUGUUGGGACUGUUGGUAAAAGUGCAUUAACAUUGCAAUUUAUGUAUGACGAAUUUGUUGAUGAAUAUGAACCAACAAAAUCGGAUUCUUAUCUGAAAAAAGUUUCUUUAAGAGGAUAUGACGUAGAAGUUUCAGUUCUUGACACAGCCGGUCAAGAAUCAUAUGCCGGUAUAACAGAAACAGCUUAUCGUACUUGUGAUGGAUUCAUUAUUGUAUUUUCAAUAACUGAUUUGGCUUCAUUUUGCGCUGUUAAUGACUUUAUGGAAAAAAUUGCUCUUCUUCGAGAAUUAGGACAUGUUCCAAUUAUACUUGUUGGCAAUAAAGUAGAUUUAGCGAAUCAAAGGAAUGUGUCACAGAGAGAAGCUUUCGAAUAUGCUGCAAGAAAGAAUAUAGAAUACAUUGAAACUUCAGCUAAAACAAAUCACAAUGUUCAACAGGUAUUCUAUAAGAUGGCCAAAGCGGUAGUUGAUAUGAAACAUGCAAAUACUCAACCUCAAAUACAACAGAAUAAAUCACGUGAUGACGGUUGUUGCUGCGUUUUAUAA